AUGGGAUCUAAAAAGUCAGGUCAGGUGAAGAAAGCAGAUGUUCCUAAACUUUCCGAGAAGGCAAAAGAGGCCGAAUUGAGCACCUCAAGCGACAGUAGCAGCAGCAGCAGCAGCAGCUCUUCUGAAUCUUCGAGCUCUUCUGAAUCAAGCUCGGAGUCUUCCUCCGAUUCCUCUUCAUCGUCUCCCAGCUCUUCUUCCUCUUCUUCGUCGUCGUCGUCGUCGUCGAGCUCUUCAGACUCCAGUUCUGAUUCUGAGUCUGAGGACGAAACAGCAGCCAAGAAACGUAAGAUAUCUUCAAAAGAGGCACCUGCUUCAAAAAAACGCAAGAUCGUCUCUGGUUCUAAGGCAGAUCCAUCGAGCAGCUCCUCCAGCAGCUCGUCGAGCGACGACUCUGGUUCAGAGUCUGACGCUUCAAGCUCGUCUUCCGGCUCUGGUUCGAGUUCUAACUCUAGCUCGAAGUCUGGUUCUGAAGAUUCGAGCUCGAGCUCCGACUCCGGCUCGAGCGACAGUUCGAGCUCUGGUUCAGAACGUAGCUCUGAUUCCGACUCCGACUCCUCCAGCUCCAGCUCCAGCUCCAGCUCCAGCUCCAGCCCCAGCUCGAGUUCUGAGUCUAGUUCUGAUUCUGAGUCUAGUUCUGGCUCUGAAUCAGAUUCCGGCUCAGAUUCUGACUCGAACUCGAGCUCCAGCUCUAGCUCAAGUUCCAGCUCCAGCUCAAGUUCCAGCUCCAGCUCAAGUCCCAACUCAAGCUCUAGCUCUGAUUCCGAGUCAAGCUCCAGCUCCAGCUCAAGCUCGAGUUCUGAGGCCAGUGCAGAUUCUGAGUCUAGUUCGGAUUCCGAUUCUAGCUCCGACUCAACCUCAGAGUCCGAAUCAGCAAGCGAAGAAGGUAACAAGCCUGCCGCUGGAAAUAAUGCUUCCGUCGAUGUUAAGCAAGUGAGCAAAAACGACGAGAGCUCCUCUUCAUCCAAGACGGCAUCGCCAGAAUCCCCUUCUAUAUACAAUGACGAGGAGGAAUCAAUCUCGGCGGGAGAGGACGAGUUGAAACCAGGACAGCGUAAACAUUUUUCCAGAGUUGAUAGAUCCAAGAUUUCAUUUGAAAAUCGUGCUUUGACGGACAAUACCUACAAGGGCGUUGCCGGUACGUGGGGUGAAAUGGCCAAUGAGAAGCUAGGUGCGGUGAGAGGCAGAGACUUCACCAAAAACAAGAACAAAAUGAAAAGAGGCUCUUACAGAGGAGGAACUAUUACUAUGGCCACAGGUUCCUACAAGUUUAAGGACUGA